AUCUCAAUUUUACAAAGAGUAUUUAAAAUGAGCAUAAAAGCAACAUACUACGAAAUUUUAUGCGUUAAUUCUAAUGCAACGAUUGAUGACAUUAAAAAAGCUUAUAGAAAACAAGCAUUAAUAUGGCACCCUGACAAAAAUGUGGACAGACGUGAAGUAGCAGAGGCACAAUUCAAACUGGUUGCAGAAGCUUAUGAAGUUUUAAGUGAUUCCAAGAAAAGAAAGAUUUAUGAUUUGCAUGGUGAAGAAGGUCUUAAAAAAGGAUUUUCAUUUCCUUCACAAAGCACAAGUCAAGCACAUUCAUUCCAAUUCCAUGAUCCCAAUGAAAUAUUCAUGCAAUUUUUCGACAAUGAUCCAUUCUUCAAUAAUCCAUCGCCUUUUAAUAAUCCAUUCUUCAAUGAUCCAUUCUUCAAUAAUCCAUCGCCUUUUAAUGAUCCAUUCUUCAAUGAUCCAUUCUCCAAUAAUCCAUCAUCACCUAUUAAUAAUUUCUUUGGUAUAAGUGAAGGUAAAGGCAAAGGUGGUAGUAGUAGUUUUAAAAGCACACGGACUUCAACGCGAACCUAG